AUGGAUGCACCCUCGCGUUGGUGGAAAGGUGACCGAGUUUUAAGACAGAUUGAGGGCGCGAGGCAGAGCGGCCACUGGAGACGAGGGCGUCUUGGGAGGAGGCAGGGAGGCCAAACCGGUACUGCAGACAACGCAGACACCUGGGAACGGUCCUGUGUUCACUUUCUCGCCUCUCCCGCUCCAUUGUAUAGUGUUGCUGGGGAUGGAACCUGGGGCCUUCUCGGGCUAGGCAGGCUCUCGCAGAGCCUUUCCUCCUGUCCCUGCUGCUCUCCUUCUGUCCGGCAGCCCCAAGCCUGUCGCCACCUCCGCCAGACCCUCCGGACCAUCAACUCGGGUCUGCACAGAGGACACCGAGGCAUGGGCUGGGGCGGGGACAGCCACUGUCGCUGCCGACUCCCCAUCCCGCCCUCCUUCCUGGGAAAAUCCGACAGGUGGCGGGGCCGGGCUGGACCCAUUGUGCAGCGAUCCGGGCCAACAAGUCGGAAGAUGGAUGCCUUCAUUACCAUGAGAAUCCCGGAGAAGCGCGGACCACACAGCGGCGGCAGCGGGAAGGGCCUGAGAUCCUGAGAGACCCAUUUACAAACACCCG